GUGAUUAUUUCUGCGACGUGCUUUUCAUCCUGCUUUCUCCUGACGCAGCCUCCACACCGCUCAUCCGGCCUGUGUGCUAGCUGCUGCAUGCUGCAGGGGGCCCGUGCUCGCGGCGGAGCAGGUGGGGGGAGUGGCCUGGCACAGCAGCUAGCGCACCACUGCAGCAGUAGCUUGGCGCCGCUGCCUGCAAGCGAGGCGCAGCAGAACCGCGGGCCACUGCAGCCGCAUGGAGGAGAUGAAGUGAUGAAGGCCAAGAUGGAAGGCACACACACAGUGCUAGACGUGCUGCGGGCGUUGCCUGUGGACGCGCGGUCAGCGGUCUUCGGCGAUACCUUUUCACGGAGGCUGGCCGGCUGCCGCCUCGCCUGCCGCGAGCUGCAGCAGUUUCAUGACAGCACCAUUACGCAUGUGCACCUGCGGCUUCCCGCACUGCAGCAGCGGCAGCAGCAGCAGACCGGCCUCGCCUCGCCUGUUGUGAAGUUUGCUCGCUGCAGCCGACUCGAGGUCCGGGCCGUGGGCGUUUCUGACCCCGUCAGCACCGUGCUGGCUGGCAGCUCACCUGCUGCUGCAGUCAGGGAGCGGAUCACACACCUGGUCGUCAGCGGCUGGGGGUACAACCAGCAUCGCGUCGCUGAGGCGGUGGCGGCGAAGCUCCCCUGCUUGGAGGAGUUGGAGCUGCUCAAUGAUGGCGGCGGCAGCUACAUCUACAGCCAAGGUGAUCGCCGGCCGCCGCCGCAGGGCGGCAUCUGCGGCAUCCUCGGCACCGCAGGCCUGCCGGCCCUGCGGCGGCUGACCCUGUCGCGAGCGACGAGCGCUGACCUGGAGGGCUUGGGCGCGCUGGCUGCCUGCCCCCAACUGCGGGAGCUGGUCCUGCCCGUCCCCAUGCCGCCGCCGCCGCAGGCCCGUGGCAGCACCGAUGACCCCACGCACGCCGCACUGGAGGGCCUGGCGCAGCUGCAGCGGCUGGAGCAGCUCACGCUGGGCGUCGACAGCACCCGUUUCUCCAGCACCAGCGAGCGGUUUCUGGCAAAGCUGCUGUCCAGCCAUCGCCCACCUCAGCUGCGAGGCCUCGUGCUGCUGACGGAGAAUGACAAGGCGCCGGUGCUUGAGCUAUGCACCGAUCAACACACUGGGCGCAUGGAGCCACUGUUGGUGUCGGCGCUCCUGGCAGCUUUGGACAGCCUGCGCCCGCCCACCAUCCCCCAGUUGCUCAUCAGCAGCCCCGGGGGGCGCUGGGUGCUGGAGCGCAAUGAGCUGGAGCCUGGGGCCGCCCUGCCGCGGCUGCUGGCCCGCUGUGAGUGUGUGGAGGCCGACAACCUGCCUUCGGUGUACGAUCCGAGCAUGUACGACACCCACAGCCCGCCGGCUGAGCUCCUGUCGGCGGCUCGAAUGGUGGGGUUGCCGCGAGCGCUGGAGCUGCGGCAUGGCACUUUGCUGUGCCGCGAUGCGGUGCUUGGCGCCGCCGGCGCUACCACAGAGCCGGCGGCGACGGCCACGCCUACUGCUACUAGCACCGCUGCUCAUCCGGCGGCGGCGGGUGGGCGGGAGUUGGGGCUGAUGCUGCAGCAGCUUGGCCUGGGCAGCAGCACCGGAGACGGGCAGCGCAGCGGCGGCGGCGCUGCUGCCAGUGGUGGUGGCGGGCUGCGCCUGCAGCUGGACACCGCCAGUCCGCAGGAGGUGUUGCGGGAGGCGGUGGAGAGGCUGUGGGCGCAGGCGUUGCACGCCAGCGGUGCCGCGGCAGCGGCGGGCGGCGGCGCCACUGGUGCCACUGUUGGCGGGCGCAGCGGCGGGUGCGAGGGCGCGUCAGGUAGCAACGACAUCACCGGCGGCGGCGGCGGCAGCGGCAGCAGCAGUGAUAACAUGGAGCGUUUGACGCCAGGUCUGUUGCUCCUGCGGGGCAAGCUGCCGCGCGCCCCCGAGCGCACCAGCUAUUUUGCCGACCUGAGUGACGCGGCAUGGGCUGACUGGCUAGAGGACGUCCUCGACUCGUGCUUCGCCGCAGCCGCCAGCGUGUCACAGCUGCCAUCGCCGGCAGCUACGGUAGCCCGCCAGGGGCCGGCGGCCACGGCCUUUGAGAAUGAGGGACUGACUUACAGCGUCCGCCGGCGCCUCAGCAGAGGUGUUCACGUGGCGGCGCCAGAGGCAGGAAUACUGCUGCUGGAAUGCCGCUCGCUGGCGGAUGCGACGGCGCUGGCGGCCGCGAUGGUGCCGCCUGCAGUGGGAGGCGCGCCGGCGGCUUUCUCGGCGGUUGCGGUUCCAGUCAGGUCCAGCCCAGGGUCCUGGCCGUCCCGUACUGCCGACGCUAUCAAGUCGGGGUUUUUUCAGGUGCUAACGGAGCUUUGGUCCCGGUCUGGAGCGGCGGCCGGAGCCACCGGUGGCGGCGGCAGUGCGGGUGGUGGUGGCCGCCGUGGCAUCAGCAGCACCCGCAGCAUGGGCCAGGCUGGGGCCAGCCGGGUGACUGAGGGGGUGCUGGAGCGGCUGCAGCAGCUGAUGGAUCUGGACUGGGGCGUGCGGGAGCUGUGGUCAGAAGCAGAGCUUGAGCCUGACACCAGCGACCUGCUUGACGACGACUACGAUGAUGAUGGCUAUGACGAUGGCUACUGCUAUAGCUACGAUGGUGACUACAGGUCAGACAGAUCAUAAGGUCCUGGCAACUUCUACUUCCUGUCUUAACAGCCAGCGUCAUGUGGUGUCAUGUGGGGUUUCGCCCCGCCGUGUCCGUACCCGCGGCUGCAGGCGGCUUAUUGCUUGGUGAAGUCCGCAUCAAGCCAUCAAAGAGCACUGUCCCCUGCAAAACGUACGGGGCGCAUGUAUGGGUUGGUGUUGUGGAGCAACAAGGUGUUUAUGAAUGAAGCAACAAGGAGUCCAGACAAACCAGGCCCGUUUUCGGUCUCUGAUAGGUCCUCUUUUGCAGUCUUCCCACGGUUGAGUGUUGUUUGUCUGCUCAGACUCAGUUGGCUGUGCGGUUCUUGGCUAGUAACUGCGGUACAGUAUGGUGGUGGCGGGUGGGGGCACGCGGUGGUGGCAGGUGGGGACAGGCGCGCUGCCUGAGUUUAUGCCUGGGCAUGAUGCCAGCCUGAUGUGAGGCGGCGGAAAGCGCCUAGGGCCGUGCAACAACCGUAUUGUGCUCAUCAUAAGUACGGCUGCGGUCGGAAGGGGAGCCCGCACCCCAUGGCCGCGUGCCGCUGGCUUUAUUUGAUCAGCACACCGGACAGCCGGUUCUACGAGAUGUUGGCCAGUACUACGUGCUGCACGUAAAUGGGGUAUGCGCCUACCUGACAAGGAUUUGGCACUGCCUCAUGGCUGACAGGAAGCUGCAGUGGCUGUAGCAGAUGCAACGUGCAAUGCACAGAGUAAGGGGCGGCAGGUUGGCGGGUUGUCCCAUGCGUAGUACCGUGGCUGUUAUAGCUGACUAGCUGA